AUGAAAAUUAUUUUCACAUUUUUCAUUCUUUUUCUCCCUGUGUAUUUUGCGGUCCGCGAGCAAGGUCCACCAGAAAAUCCUGGAUUGUUCAAUGAAUUUGAAAACUAUUAUGACAUUUAUAUAAACGAAUCGACUAUGUUUCUACCGGAUACAGAUCCGGACUUUGAAAUCGGACAAGGUUUAUAUAUCCAUGGAAACAUAAAAAUCUCCAUAAGAGAGCUAACAGUUUUUUUUCAAAAGUAUGACACAUUUCGGUACGGGGUUCGGGUGAACAACACUAAUCUGGAAACUUUGUCUUUUCUGCAACUAUUGUUUGUGUCUAAUCUGGAUGAUUCAGUGAAUUCUGUUGAAAUUACAAACAAUCGGAAUUUGACAAGCCUUGGUUUUGACUUCAAGGAGUGCACCUACUGCUAUAGCAGUGUUCAAAUCACUAAUAAUCCAAAAUUGGAUCUCAAAAAAGAUUGUGAUGGCAUUAUUGCAAUAUACAACAGUAGAAGAAAGAUAUCAGGAAAUUUGGCUGAUUGUGGGUGCGAAAUAAUUGGAGACUUCAAUAGCUUCAUAGCUACAAUGCCUUCAAACUGCUGGAUGUUAUUUGGUAAUGUGACAAUUGAUGAGAACUCGGAUCUUGGCGUUUUAGAGAAAAAUUUUGCAAACGUCACUAGAAUCAAUGGGGGUCUGUCUGUUCAGAAAACACUCUUUUCCGAUUUAUCAUUCUUGCGCUCUAUCGAAAGUAUUGAUAGUGAUCCCUAUCACUCCACUGUAUUCUAUAGCAUUGUUAUCAAAAACAAUCCAAAUCUUAUUAGCCUGGGAAUGAAUGCAAAACGAGAUGGCCUAUACCUAAUCAUCCGUGACAACCCUAAGCUUUGCGUCACUCCACAAGAAUUGUCCAAUUUUUAUGCUGGUGUCGUUCUGGAUUCAAAUCUAGAUAUUACUGUUUGCUUUAACAAUGAAACUUCUCCGAAAUGGUGUCAACUUGGGAAUACGACCAAUUUAGCUAAUUUACCGGAAGAAUGUGAAGUUUUGGUUGGAGAUCUGGUUUUCGAUGAGGAAUUCGAUUUUGAUAAUUCCUAUAAACUAUUCUACGUGGAAUAUAUAUUCGGAAGCUUCACGAUUACAAAUAGCUCAUUACGAACUUUAAACAUGCUGCCGAAUCUCAUCAAAGUUCGAUCUAUUAGAGACAACAAAAUCCCCAUACACAUUUUCAAUAACUCAGGACUAUAUGAAAUUUUUGUCAUGUUCAAUUUUCAAGGAGUCGAAAGCGGAGAGAGUUGUGUUAUUGAGAAUAAUCCUAGUCUGGCAAUGGAUAUCUACACUUGUUCUAUUUUAAAAGGGAGAAAAGAGGCUAAAACGGGGAACAAUUUUCAAAACUGUGGUGACGACACGACAACCUUGGUUAGAAAAUAUGACAGCACCCCAUUGAACAUUGACGUGUAUAAAGGCGUUCCAAAGUUUCUGGAAGUUUCUCACGCGGUUGAUGGUCCCGGUACUGUAACUCAGAAUAACCCAUGGGAUCGGAACUUCACAUCCAUAGAAGAUAGUGAUGAAGAUGAAUACGACGAGCCAGAAGGGAGCACUUCAUAUCCUCCAAACUUCAUUUAUUUGAACAUCGCCGUUGUCUUAUUGAUUUUUCUUAUUUUUGAAUGA